UCGUGAUGCUGAGCAGACCGAAUCCAUCAAGACAUGGUUUUUCAAGUCCACCGUUACUGACACGGCGAGCUGCGUUAGCUGCAGCGGGUCUCAGUGGUCCAGGAUCCUCGGGACCCCUGAGUCCUCUCAGACUGAGGAGCUGUUUUAUGAUCGAGAUGAACUUAAAAUCCUGGUCCGCUCUGCAGAACCACCUGGUGGCGGUAACGCACCGUCUCGGGGUUUGCCGAUAAAGCUCAAGGAGCAGCAGCCGCUGAGGAUGAGGAAGAAGGAGGCGUAGUUUCCGUGCGGUUUGUUUUGUAGCCCUGGCAGCAGCAGCAGCCCUUAGCUCCAGAUAAACACAGAAACAUGUCAGCCACCGAGGACGACACCGAGCUGCGGGAUCUGCUCAUCCAAAACCUGGAGAACAACGGAGUCCUCAACAAGCUCAAGGCAGAGAUGAGGGCUGCUGUGUUCCUGGCCAUGGAGGAGCAGGACAAAUUAGAGAACAAAACUCCUCUGAUCAAUGAAAAUCUGAAGAAAUGUCUCAACACCAAGGACGGUCGCCUUGUUGCCAGUCUGAUCGUGGACUUCCUGCAGGUCUUUAACCUGGACUUCACCCUCGCUGUCUUUCAGCCGGAGAUCAACUCGCUGAACGGUCUGGACGGUCGGGACCUGGUCUGCAGAGAGCUGGGUCUGUCGGAGUCUGAGGUGAACAGGAACUCUCCUCUGCUGCUGGAGCUCGUCAGGAGAGGACGACACAAAGAGAAACCGACCGUCUGCACCGAGGGAGACAGAAGUGGAAAUAUCCCCAAGGAACUGUCUCAGAAACAGAUCUCACACGCUCGGAAGAAAUUUGACGUUUAUGACAAGGCCCGGAGCGGCUCAGUUUUAAAAGAAGAUCUGAAGAGUGUCUUCACGGAUCUGUUCCACGGUUUGAACAAGAACAUGCUGGAGAGGUUCAUCACUGAUGAGCUCAGGGCUGCUGACAAAACCUUCUCUAAAACGAUAGACUUCCAGGUCUUUGUGGGGAUGUACAAGCGUCUCUUCGCUCAGUGCAGAAGUGUGGUCGUUCAGGACUCUGAUGUCAGCCAACCUCAAAGCCACUUCCCUGAGGAGAAAAUCAGCUCUCCACCUGUCAGUAAGAUCCCCAGAUAUAAAGGCCAGAAACACAGAGGACAGAGUCAGACAGCAGCCAAGGACUCGGAGUGCGUGACGUCUCUUGGUAAAGGAGACUUCCAGCAGCAGGUGUGCGACAACAGGACCUCCUCCUUCGGUCUGAGGAGGGAGCGUCUGGACCUGGACCUGGAGGUGGAGGACGACCUCGACGACGGAGAUUCGUUCUUCGAUGACCCGCUGCCCAAACCACAGAAGACCUAUGGCUGUCGUAGUUCUCUGUUUGGAGAAAUGGACUCAUCAGAGCGGACAAACAGUCAGAAAGAUGUUGUCCCUCUGAGGGAGGAGUGUUUCUCUGGGCCUGUCGUCUCCCCCAUGAGGCGAGGCAAAAGCCUCAACGAUCUGUCUGUCCUGGCUGGUGACUCAGAGGGCGAGCAAGAUGAUCCUCUGUCUGAACACAGUCAGAGCUCUGAGCUCAGGAAGGUGGAGAUUUCCGGGGCCAGAGAGAGUCCUGCAGGGUCCCUGUCUGAGUCUCCAAGACCACCAGCAGCAGGAGGAGGAGGAGGAGGAGGAGGAAGCAGCACGUCAGAGCAGAGCCACAGCAGGAACGGAGCAUCAGACUCCAGAGAGAUGGGAUUCAGAGACUCGAAGGCCCUGAAUGAUAAAACUGGAUCUCUGCAUUUAGAUGACGAUGUUGAAUAUGACGACGACUUUAACAGUCAUCGGUCAGAUUUCUCUAAGAGCGAGCUGAGUAUCGGUGAAGAGAUCGAGGAAGUUUCCAUCGAGGGACCCGACAACAGCGACAAGUUCGACGAAACCACUCAGGACCUGAGCGUCUCUCAGCUCAGUCAGAGUCGUGGAGCUGAUUACAUGGAGGAGGUGGCCUGACUCUCCCAUCAUGCUUCGCUCUAGGCUUUCCCAUCCUGCACCUCUUUGUAUCGUCAAUAUUUAAAUCUGUACAUUUUCACUGAGCAAAUAAAUUGAUUUGUAUUGAGA